AUGGCACAGCGGUUGAGCAAAAGUAUCCACAAAUUUGACAACUUUUAUCGUAGCAGCACAGCUCCACCCAAACUAGUCAACAUGAAAGCCGCCAUCAUCUUCGCCUGCCUCUUGGCUGUUGCCUUCGCUCGCCCCGAUGUCUCCAUCGUUCGUCAGGACUCUGAUGUUCAGCCAGAAAGCUACAACUUCGAUGUUGAAACUAGUGAUGGAACCCAACAUGCUUCAUCUGGUGUCUUGCAAAAUGUUGGCUCAGAUCACGAAGCCAUCGCCGUAAAGGGUUCCUACUCGUGGGUGGAUGAGAAGACUGGUGAGAAAUUCACCCUCACCUAUAUUGCCGAUGAGAACGGUUUCCAACCACAAGGUGCUCAUUUGCCAGUUGCUCCAGUUGCUUAA